CUUUGACUUCUAUGAAGGUCCCUUCCAACUCCAACCAUCCUUUGGCUUCUAUGAAGGUCCCUCCCAACUCCAACCAUCCUUUGGCUUCUAUGAAGGUCCCUUCCAGCUCUAAGCACAAUGUGACUCCAUGAAGGUUCCCUCCAACCCCAACCACUCUCUGGUUCUGACCUGCAGGCCCCAGUGCCCAUGGCUCCGUACCGCAUCCGGCUGUACCGCGAUGAGGACUACGAUGCCGUGCGCUCCCUGUUUGCCCGUGGCAUCAUCGAGCACGCCCCGGCCCUGUACCGCCACGUGCUGUGCCUGGCACGGGUGCAGCUGGGGCUGCUGGCCCUGUUCACGGCCGUGCGUGCCGUAGCUGGCAGCUGGCUGCUGGCGCUGGCAGCCGUGGCGCUGGCGCUGGCGGCCGCCUGGCCCGUGAUACGCUCCUUCAGCUUCUCCUUCGUGACAGAAGCGCUGAUCGCCGAUCUGCUCGACAUCCAC